AUGGUCUUCAAAGUUGCUGACGUUUCUCUCGCUGCCUUUGGGCGCAAAGAGAUUGAGAUUGCCGAGAAUGAGAUGCCCGGGCUCAUGUACCUUCGUCAGAAGUACGGUCCUUCCCAGCCUUUGAAGGGCGCCCGUAUCGCAGGAUGUCUUCACAUGACUAUCCAAACUGCCGUUCUUAUUGAGACCCUCAAGGCUCUCGGAGCCGAGGUUACCUGGUCGUCCUGCAACAUCUUCUCUACUCAAGAUCAUGCCGCUGCCGCCAUUGCGGCCACCGGCGUACCUGUUUUCGCCUGGAAAGGUGAAACCGAGGAAGAGUACAAUUGGUGUAUCGAACAAACUCUUGCUGCCUUCCCUGGUGGACAGCCUCUGAACAUGAUCCUUGAUGAUGGUGGUGACCUCACCAGCAUCGUCCACGAGAAGUAUCCGCAGUAUCUCAAAGGUAUCCGUGGCGUCUCUGAAGAAACCACCACCGGUGUUCACCACCUUUACAAGGCGUUCCGUGAAGGUAAACUCAAAGUCCCAGCUAUCAAUGUGAACGACUCUGUCACCAAGUCUAAAUUCGACAACCUUUACGGAUGUCGUGAAUCCUUAGUCGAUGGGAUCAAACGUGCGACGGACGUCAUGCUGGCUGGCAAAGUCGCCGUCGUUGCUGGUUUCGGAGACGUCGGAAAAGGCUGUGCCGAGUCUUUGAGGUCCUAUGGUGCUCGCGUCCUGAUCACCGAAAUUGAUCCCAUCAAUGCCUUGCAGGCUGCCAUGGCUGGGUACGAAGUUACCACCAUGGAGGAAGCCGCUCCUAGGGGCAACGUGUUCGUCACCACUACUGGAAACAGGGAUAUCAUUACAUCUGCUCACUUCCCAGUGAUGCCUGAAGAUGCCAUCGUUUGCAACAUCGGUCAUUUCGAUGUCGAAAUUGAUGUGGCCUGGUUGAAGUCUAACGCGCAGUCGGUUGUCAAUGUCAAGCCUCAAGUCGACCGUUUCACAAUGCCCUCUGGACGUCACAUCAUUCUCCUUGCUGAAGGUCGUCUCGUCAACCUGGGAUGUGCUACAGGACACCCGUCCUUUGUCAUGUCUUGCUCAUUCGCGAACCAGACUCUUGCUCAGAUUGCUCUGUGGACUACUCCUGAAAAGUUCCCUCUCGGUGUCCACAUUCUCCCCAAAGAGCUUGAUGAGGAGGUCGCCCGUGCUCAUUUGGCGCAGCUGAACGUGAAGUUGACAACCCUAUCCGAUGCGCAGUCUAAGUACCUCGACAUCCCCGUCAAUGGGCCCUACAAGCCCGACCACUACAGGUGCGAGCCAUGA